GUCUGCAUAGCUCACUCACCGUCACCAUGAGUUCAAUCAUCUACGAUCCCUACUUCUCUUCAUACAAACGGCGAUAUGUGGAAACGAGUCCCCGGGUCCACAUCUCUGGAGUGCGCAGCAGCUAUGGGGGCCCCCGAUCCAUCUACUCCAGCUACUCAGCCCCAAUCACCUCAGUGUCGGUCAGACGCUCCUAUGGCACCUCAGCUUCAGCCCCAUCUCUCAUGCCAGCCUUGGACUUCGACGUGAGCCAGGCUACUCAGGUGAGCAAUGAGUUCAAGUCCAUCCGAACCCAGGAGAAAGCCCAGCUGCAGGACCUGAAUGACCGCUUUGCCAGCUUCAUCGACAGAGUGCACGAGCUGGAGCAGCAGAACAAGGUGCUGCAGGCAGAGCUGCUGCUGCUGAGGCAGAAACACAUGGAGCCAUCCCGUCUGAAAGCCCUUUAUGAGCAGGAGAUCAGGGACCUCCGCAUGGCCGUGGACGACGCCAAGAACGAGAAACAGGCCAUGCACAAUGAAUGGGAGAACAUGGAAGACAUGCUGAGGACCCUCCAGAGCCGCUACGAGGAAGAGGUGCUCACCCGAGAGGAGACGGAGGGGAGGCUGGUGGAGGUGAGGAAGAGUGCUGAUGAGGCUGCCUUAUCCCGCACCGAGCUGGAGAAGCGCAUCGAAUCCUUGAUUGAUGAGAUUGCUUUCCUCAAGAAGAUCCAUGAGGAGGAGAUCGCUGAGCUCCAAGCCCAGAUCCAGUAUGCUCAGACCUCCAUCGAGAUGGAAGUCACCAAGCCUGACCUCUCGGCCGCCUUGAGGGACAUUCGGGCGCAGUACGAGAAACUGGCAGCCAAGAAUAUGCAAUCUGCCGAAGACUGGUUCAAGAGCAAAUUCACCACUCUGACCGAGAGCGCAGCUAAAAACAGCGAUGCCAUACACAUGGCCAAGAACGAGAUGGGCGAGUAUCGUCGCCAGAUCAAGUCCAGGACCCUGGAGAUCGAAGCCUGCCGCAGCAUUAACGAGGCCAUGGAGAAUCAACUGCAAGACCUGGAGGAGAAACAGACUAGAGAGAUUGCAGCCAUGCAGGACACAAUCAGCCAGUUGGAAAACGAACUGAGAAACACAAAGAAUGAGAUGGCUCAUUAUCUCAAGGAAUACCAGGACCUACUCAACGUCAAGAUGGCUCUGGAAAUUGAAAUUGCAGCAUACAGGAAGCUGUUGGAAGGGGAGGAGACUCGCUUCAGUGUGGGCGGGAUGCUCAGCAGUCUGUCUCAGAGCGCUGCUCCGGUGUUCAGCCGCUCUGUGUACUCCAUGCAGAGCAGCAGCCCCUAUCUGAUGAGCAGCCGCUUGCUGGGCUCCGCCUACUCCUCCAGCCAUACCCAGGAAGUAGAGGAGGCCAUCGAGGCCAGCAAGGCAGAAGAGGCCAGGGAGGAACCCCCAGAGGAAGAGGGGGAAGAGGGGGAAGAGGAGGCUGAGGGCGAGGAGGAAGGUGGUGAUGAAAAGGGGGGAGAUGCUGAGGAGGAAGGCGGAGAGGCUGAAGCUGGAGAUGAGGAAGAAGGGGAUGCAGAGGGUGGUGAGGAAGAGGAGGAUGGGAAGAAUGUAGAGGAGAAAGAGGAGAGUAAAGAGAAGAAGUAACGUCGCGAGAAACCAUCCAGAAACCAAGGAAGAAAUGUCACCAAAUAAACAGAUACUCUGUUUCAAGCUCAGUAUUCCUGUCAGAGGUGGCACUGUGUUUUCUCUUUGCAAAAUGAGUACAUAUAAAUAAAAUGCCCCCAAUGCUUGCAGAGAUCCCUGCUGAAUCGCUAUAAAAGAAUACGCAUGGUUACCUGUGUGUGUGAGUGGGUACAAGCUCUCAUCAGUCUGCAUAACUCAAUAUGUGCAUAAAAAAGGAUUUACUGUACUGUACUGUAUGUAUCUCUAAAAACUAUACACCAAAUGCACACAAUGUGCAAGGAUAUUCACUACAGUGAAAAAGAAUGUUCUUGGUUCCUGCAGUCAGAUACCAAUAAAGACUGAAAAACUGCA